GAAUCACCAGUUAACGGCGCACGGUCAGAAUCUCACUUCAACACCACAGACAUUGUCAGCCUCGCAGUACUGCAACAAGCCUCUUCCAUGUGUAUUCUGGGGAGCAAACGAAAAAUUUCUGUCAGACAAUGCAGGCGCAACCUUUCUAAAAACCCGCGCCAUAGUUCGCCACACACCACCUCCUGGCUGUAAUUUUCUGACGCCAUCCACACCAUCCGACCGCUGCAUCUUUAAUGAGAAAACGACUCCUUUCCAAAUCAUUUCCAACCAGCCAUUCAUUGGCGACAUUGAAAACUCCACGCUAAUGAUUGAGCAUUCUAUUCGCGGGGGCAAAGCAACAACCAUCGCAGUUCUCAAUGGCUUAAUGGACGGUAAACUAAAGGCCUCGGACGGAAAGAUGAUUGUCAAGUCAUGGACAAAUGCGACGAGAAUGGAUGAAAACCCGUACGCAGAUGGAGAUGUCGUUAAAGUUGCCGAUCUGCUAACGGCUGCCGAUGCGGAUUUAGACGCUCCGUCGACCGUGGCGAAACGUACAGAUCUUCGGGAUAAAUUCGCGUACGUCUAUCUGCCUCGAGUCAUAGAUGGAAAUAAGUACAAGGCGGUCGAGAGUCUGUAUCAAUCGGAUGGGUCGUACAUAUUAAAGAGAGGCAUGGCAUUCGAUUGUGGCUACUAUCAUUGUGAGGUUCUGAUGCUCAACAUCGUACCGGAAAAACGUACUUAUGAAAAGGCAAAGUUUGAAGUGACGGACGGUUUUGACAGUAUGAGGCAUGCUUCUGAGAAAAGGCUUGAUAACGAGACAGAAUUAGUGUAA